CUUCCUGUCAUCUUGAAUUUCCUACUUCCGGAAGGUGGGGCUUUUGUUUUAAGAGAGGUUUGUGUUUGGGAAACCGAUGAGCAGAUUUCUUUCCAGAGUUAAUACAGUCAUCCAUGUAACGUCGAUAGAGGCAAGUGCUACGGAACUUUAAAUCGGUUGUGUCAGGGAGUGCUGAAAAGCUUGUGUCUGCGUGUGCAGUUGCAUGUGUGUGAGUGUGUGAAAGGGAAAAAAAGAAGAAUCCAAAUGGCAACCGGUAAAGGUAAAAACCAGAGCUCCUUGGCACUGCACAAGGUGAUAAUGGUGGGCAGUGGUGGUGUUGGGAAGUCAGCUCUGACCCUGCAGUUCAUGUACGACGAGUUUGUGGAGGACUACGAACCCACCAAGGCAGACAGCUACAGAAAGAAAGUGGUUCUGGAUGGGGAGGAGGUCCAGAUUGACAUUCUGGACACGGCGGGCCAGGAGGACUAUGCUGCCAUCAGAGACAAUUAUUUCCGCAGCGGCGAGGGAUUCUUACUUGUCUUCUCCAUCACAGAGCAGGAGUCAUUCUCUGCUACUGUGGAGUUCAGGGAGCAGAUUCUGCGGGUGAAGGCAGAGGAAGACAAGAUUCCUCUCCUGCUGGUUGGAAACAAGUCGGACCUGGAGGAACGGCGACAGGUAUCUGUGGAGGAGGCACGAGGGAAAGCUGAAGAAUGGGCAGUUCAGUAUGUGGAGACGUCGGCCAAAACCAGAGCCAAUGUUGACAAGGUGUUCUUUGACUUGAUGCGCGAAGUACGAGGCAAGAAAAUGUCAGAAAAUAAAGACAAAAACGGAAAAGGAAAAAACAAGAAAAACAAGAAGAGUUUCAGGGAGAGGUGCUGUUUACUGUGAACUGUUCUUUGACCUCGGCACCUCACAAUACAACUGUGAAGUUGGGGAUUAGGGGGAAAGCGUCCUUGCAAAUUACAUUCAAAUUAAAUUUAAUCUUUUUUUUAAUAGCUGGUUAUAGUUUAGUACCUGAAACAUUUUUAACCACUUGUGUUUUAAUUUGUGUUUUUAAAUGAUAAAUUCCGCUGUUCUGUCGGAAGAUAACCACUGCUGUGACUUGAAUUGCAGUGUUGGGAAAAAGAAACAGAAACAAAGCCAAUGACCAAACGGCCACAGACACUAACUCUGCUGCUCAAGUCUCCACUAUUCAACUCAGCCACAAUACUGCCUUCAAACUCAGUUUCAGGGUUUUCCACACCACAGUUGCUGUAAACUAAACAGCGCUCUUAAUUUCUUUAUCUGCUCCUACUACAUAUAUUUUUAAAAGUCGUUUACCAAAACUGUCAUAAUGACAGCAUCCUGGCCCUGUUUUUUCCUUUUUUCUUUUAUCACAUUGAAUAUGCCUUGAGUACUCUUGACACUUCACAUUUUAAUGUCCUGACUUGGGGUGCAUUCAUAGCUUUGUCCUUGGAUUUUUUUUUUUUUAAUUAUUAUUACCAGAGGUGCAAUCAGAUGACGUGUUGCCAAAACUUGCUGCAUUUGUGGGCCUUACACACGUAUUGCUAGCCAGCCCUUUCAGUUUUUCCUGCAAAGUAAAAUUUUACAGAACAAACCCCAAUAAAAUAAUGCUAAUGCAGAACCUCAAAUGCUAGUUAAUAAGUAGUGGUUAACAGGAAAGAGCUUAUUUAUCCUCCAUAGAGUCUCAUCAUUUCUACUCUGUUGUUUUCCUUAUUGUUUACUUCUUUGUUUUUUAAACUUGUAGUCACAACAGGUUCUGUGCCGUGAGACAAGUGUCGACAAUCCAAGAAGCCAUCACACUUCUGGUGCACUAUGUCGUUAUGAUCUAAUCUCGCUGCUUACAAAUUUGAAAUAUUCUGUUGUUCUUUUAAUGGUCUUUUGAAAAAGAAAAAAAAAUGCACUACAUUGCCAAACCUUAGGAGAGGUGGACUGCUUACAGAAUGGCGUCAAGCUGGAGGUCCAAGAACAUUAUUGUGCCAACACGAAAAUGACAAAAACAAAACAGCAACGUUUAAAAAUGUUCAAGAUCUAUUUUAAAUAUGAGUGUGGCAUCUACCAGGAAACGUUACCACUUUCUGUCUGUGUGACUGAAGCGUUGACAAAGGUGCCAUUUUAUGAACUCUGUUGUUGCUUAAUAGAGUUCGACAGUGAUGUUUCUACCACUGCCUGGACCGUUCUUUAUAUUAAGCCCUUCUUUUUUCCCUUUACUUCCUGUUACUGUGAGUAUGCUUGUCCGUGUGCAGUGGGAGUGCUGCAGAAUAAAUGCUUUUUUGCCCUCUUUGUAAA